AUGGGUGAUGGAGAAAUGCAGACGGUACUUGUACGGGAAGAAUCUGCACCAUUCGCUGGUAUUGCGACCCUGGAUAACAUUGGGCAGGUCCAAAAACUUGGGAAUAAAACUUUAGUUGGCAUUUCGAAGCACAAUGUGACUGGAAUUUUAGAGAUUGGUGAACAAAUUAAAGAUGUAUCACUCAAGGUGGAAAUGUAUGAUCAUAUUGAUUCCCUUGAAUAUAGCGUAUCUGCCGUGGAAUGUGAACAACCCAACUCAUUGGAAAAUAAUAUAGAUAAGGCUAGCACUACAUCGAAUAAAAAUGGAACUAUACGAAAGAUUGGGAGCUCAUCGAAGGAUGCCAUUAGACCUGCAUAUAUUGUUGACCAAUGCAUACCGCAAGAUGGUAAUACGCCCUCACCUCACUUGGAUACAACGCAUAACGCCGACGAAAAAACAUCCACAGGUGCACAAAAAUGUAUAGAAGCGGAUGAAUAUAAAAUGCCGUAUGACAACCAGGCCGUCAUAGCUCUGCCCAAAGUUGCCUCUACCCCGCCUGGUAGUACAGCAUCUAAUGGGGAUGCGUCCUCUUCCGUCGGAACCCAGAGUGCAAUGGGCGAGAAUAUCAACGUAUAUGGCAGGUUGUCACAGUAUACAAGCAGGGAUCAGAGCAUUGAAGCACCAUGGACGGAGCCAUUUUUCAUGGAUCAGCCAUUUGGUACCGAAGCUGGAUAUGUGGAAAGCUCAAAUUGCGAAGCCACAAUAUUACAACAAAUAUUAGGUGGCGGUGUAGAAGAGUUGGAUAUCUCCGCACAGUUCCAUGGAUUUGAAGACGCUGAGCUGUUGCUCGACUGUGCAAAUACGCCCCAGAAAUGUCAAAUCAGAAUGAAAUAUAUUCGCAGUUCCUCUGAAUCUAAGCUCGACGGUGAAUCUACCCCUGACUAUAAUAAACAUAAUAAGGAUCGUCUUGCAAAAUACGGUUCCAAACAGGUGUCUGAUAUUGAGGAUUACGAUCAAGAAAAAACAGGAUCAAAGGAUGGAAGUGCUCACAGUAGCACCAGAAAGGCCUGCAACACAAGCAUGGGUUUUGACGAGGAUUCAGUUAAUAAAAGCUUGAAAAAGGAUAAAAUAAGUAAAAAUGAUCAUGCUGAUGAAACAGUUAGUGAGGAUGAUGAGAUCGCUGAAGAUCAUAGGAAACCUACCUCAGGUAUUGCCAGUAAUAGGCACGAUACCGGACCGUCCCAGGAAUCUCAUAACGCUACCAAUCCUAAUUGUGACAAUUCGACAAUGCAAAACACAAUAGAGGAACGUCACAAUGGAGGAUCCAUCCCGCUGGACUCACAAGAGUCUCAACAGAUCAAUGGUACGGAUGCUGCCUUGGACGCAAACGUUACGGAUGGCAGGGCACGAACCGAAGCAAUGGAUUUCAACAAUAGGUGCACACCCAGUUUCCCAAUAUAUAGGCACAAAUCUGAUUGUCAUGAAUGCAAACCGCGACAUUCGGAAAGCCACUGUAACAGACACUGCAGCCUGCAGGUCAUAGCCGAGCACAGAUUGGGGAGCUUUCAUGAAGUCUACCCCAAUUCGGCAACCGUUGGGGAUGGUUUCUGGGAAGCUUUAGGAAACGAAGAGUUAGGUAUAAAUCAAGACGAUUUCUCAGUUCCGAACCUACCCAUGUACAAUUUGUUUGCAACUACCUCAAGGCAGCCAUUUGAAAUUUUGGAGGCGGAUGGCUUAUAUGGACGGCAGAACAGUAGAGUCGCCAAGCUCAUAUAUCAGGAUCUACCUAAAGACCGUGUUCUAUUCUAUGGAUAUCAUGGGCCUAAUUGUCAGUACGUGCGCACGACGCAACACCCAGACUUCCGACAUACUCGAGCUUGCACCGUCACCCCGCAGGAACUGGGGUUUGACUCGAAUCAUUCUUUAAACCGCUCUCUCAACGCCAAGAGUGAGAUCAUUGUGCGCCCUCCGGCUUGCCUAGGAGGCCCCAUCUUCUUUCGAGGAAAUAUUGCUAAAUCCGUGCUCUGCCGACAGGACUACAUAGCUGAUACCAUCUUCCAAAUCGACUGGCACGAGAAUAGCCUCAGGAAAAAACGCAGUGCCGCUUGUUGGCAGUGUUGA